AUGUUAUCUUUAUUAAUUGUUGAAUCUGAGUUUUCCAGAGAUAGCUCACAAGAACCUAAUAGUAUAGCCCUUGAUAUUCUUAGUAAUUUUAUAGGUUGGACCUAUAUAUUCUGCUGGUCUUUUAGUUUUUAUGGAUAAUUGUAUGAAAAUUACAAAGUGAAAAAGUAAACUAAUUCUGUAAAUUUAAAGCGUAAAGGGAAUUGCAUUUGAAUUUUUAGGUCUUAACUUAACUGGAUACUUGUUUUUAAGUGCUUAUAGCUCGGCUGGUUAUUAUAAAGGAGGGGAUAGCGGUUGGCCAUUCAGUGGUAAUAUUACUUUAUAGGAUCUCAUUUUUGCGUUUCACUCUGUAGGAAUCACAAUCCUCACUAUACUUUAAAUAGCUUAUUAUUAUAAAGAAGGAGAUAACCCAGGUGUCAGUUUAUGGUGUAUAAUUGUGUUGAUAACUCUAUGGUCUUCGACAAUACUGUAUAUAGUUUUGACAUGGAUUUUCGGUUGGGAAGUGAUUUUUAAAUAAGAAAAAUUAAAUGUCCUAUAUUGGAUGGGAUAUGAGAAAUUAUUUGUUACUCUAAUAAAAAACAUUCCUUAAGUUUAUUUGAAUUAUAAGCGAAAAUCAACGGUGGGUUGGAGUAUAUUCAAUAUACUAUUAGCUUUUUUUGGAGGUAUUUUAUCAUUUUUACAAAUGCUAAUUGAUCAAAUUAAUGGAAGUAAAUAUAUCAUUAAGUUAGUAAGAAAGUGCAAAUCUAGUUGAUAUGAACAUUGUUAAAUUUAUUUUGAAUUGGAUAGUUUUGGGUUUUGAUUUAAUCUUCAUAUUAUAGCAUUACUUAUUAUACCAUCCCAAAAGGAAUAAAACAAAAGAUAUUAAAGAUGAAUAUUAAUAAAUGAAAGAAUGA